UUGCAUGCUUUCCUUUUUUUCCAGGAGCCGAAAACGGAAAAGAAAUUUCACGUGGAACUCCAUUUCAGUCCCGGCGCUCAUGCUCUCUGUCGUGAUCUUCCUACUGGCUCUGGUUUCAGACCUGGUCGACGCGAGAUGAGUCUUUUGAGUAGUUCCACAUCUCUAGCCGAGACUAGUUUCGAUUCUGCCAGUGAGCACACUGGGGGCUGUUUUGAUCUCUUCACUCCCCAUACCCCUCCUCCACCCUCCCAACACACGACUAUCACCCCCAUAGCACCCUCUUCCAAUCAAGGUCGUAAAAGAGUACCCAAAUCGAGUGUCUCCUGCUGCCGUCCCCUCUGUAUUGAUCGGUCUCUGCCCUCCGAUUUGCAUGAGGUUGGUAGAACUUCAGAACGACCGAAUACUGCUUCAUCUACGACGACUGCAAAGGGGCCAAAUCGAUCUCACUAUGAAAAACACAGGAAGAGUCAACGGGUCUCUCGACAGACCUCUACUGCCUACUGUCCACCAGAAAUUGUCUCAGGUCUGUGUUAUGCAGACGUUGUUAACCAGGAUGCUGUUAUUGGUCAUCGGUCUAGAAUGCAGGAACUGUGGUUCGAGAAUAUGAGAAGUGUUAACCGACAGAAUCGCCUUGGUUUCAAGGUGGGUUCUGAAAGGUCAAUGAGUUCUGGACCAAUGGUUGAACACGCCCUAACCUUUUCCUCUUUUCUGCAAACUGAUUCUAACCCAAUCUGGCAUGAGAAGACAUUGACAACUCUUUGCCAACCACUUCAGAGAUCACUUAGAUCGGAAAAUGGUAAUGUCACCCUACCUCUGUCUCGACCAAUUUCUGCCAAUCUCUCCCAGACCCAUGGAAGAUUCACAAUCACUUCGUCGUUAGAUACUCCUACUGCUGUUUGGAAACCACCUACUUAUGGAAAUCCUCAAAGCCCCUCAUGGUUCACAGAUAGUAUUGACAUAGAGGAUGACGAUAUACAAACAACAGGAGAACCGGAACAAGUUUCCACUUCCCACUCUACUCUGGAUCUCCAUCCAUCAACUCCACCCUUUUCCUAUCCCUCACCAAAACCUUUUUCCAAAGCGCUCAAACAGUUGUCUGUCAAAUCGAGGCAUCUCUCUGCCACCAUACCCUUCUCGCCAGUAAAAUGGCGUGGGCAUCGUGGCUUGUCCCCACCCUCUCUGGCCAUUCGUCGUAGAAUGAGUUUGGGAGAUCAACCACCAGAAUUCCACUCGCUUCAGAACAAAUUCCCAGGCAUCCUGACAGCAGCAGGUGGGGAAGAGCCUGCUAUUGGUGGCAGUAGUGGAAACUUGGGAGCUGAACGAGGGGACAUUGGGGACGAUGCUUCUGGCACAGUGACCCAGGUGUACACCUCUCUGGAUUCAGUUAAGCCGGACAGAGCUCAAGAAUUAUUUAAUCAGGGUGCCCCUGUGGCGCAGUGGUUAAUGGAGUACUUUGAUCAAAUAGAAAAGGCGAAAUGGAGCAAACCGGAGUCCCAAGCGGAUGAUACUGAGAGAAACAGCGGUGGUGCGAGAAAACCAGUUGGCUAUAAACCCAUCCUCUCAGCGGCUGACUACCUCAAAGCGGAUGCUUGUGCUAGUUCAACAGUCUCGAAACCUAAUGACCAGGAAUCUCGUCGUGAUUCAGUUGACGAGGACCAAUUCACAAAAGAGAAGUCUGAUGAACACCAACGAUCCAGCAAUGCAGAGGAUACGCAUACAGAAGCGUCGACCUCAAUCGCUGCAACUCUCUCCGACUUGCAGCAAUUUGAAGUCGCCACUCCAGAGUUGAUCUUACCAGAACCAAGGGCGAGGAAAUCGGCCCCCACUGCAAUGUACUUGGACACCAUUUCCAAGGGUGAAAAUAUUUCCAGACACUCUUCACACACUGAUGUCAUGGACGGAAUGGAACCCAGAGAACUCAAUGCUCUCACGUAUCCCAACUACCAUAUGCAUAUUGACCUUAAAGAACUGCAUCAGUGUCCUCUUGGCAAAGAAACACGUGAUAACGCAUCUCCCUAUUACAAGCGACGUCAUAGAGGUCUAAUUAGCACAGCAGUCAUCCGCGGAUCCAGAGAUACUUAUUCAAAUAGUGUUCCUGAUCUUAUCCAAUUGCUCAACUGUUCACUCAGCGAUGGACCAUCCCAAACAGAGACUCCUCAGAAUCCUGCUGAAAUGAUGGUUCCGAGCGCUCCAAGUGUACCGGAGAUCUAUCCAUUGGAGACGCUUCACAAUGCCAUGACACUUCAUCAAUUGGAAAGUUUCUUCACAGGCCUAACAACGCACAAAUUCCGCUCGCCCUUUACUAAGGGAAACAAUGGAAUAGACAGUGAUGGAGAGGAUCGAGUUUCCCCAGCAGAACUUGCAGUAAAAUUGAAAGCAGAUUCGUCCUGUAAUUUUUCAUUGUCCCCAUCAUUCUCAUCCAAGUUCCAAGCACAUAACCUUGAGAGGCCGGUGCCGGAAUCGACUAGGGAGGGAGGGGCCGAGCGUAAAGUAGACUAUGUAUUGUUAAACAGGGAGUAG